UAAGUUAAAUAACAUUUCUAAUUUUAAAAAGUUUAAAAUAAUAAAAAAAGUGAUUUUAAAAAAUGGUGGCUCACGAUAAUGGUGAAAAGGAAGCUAAAGCUCCAAAUCCUAAAAAAUUGAAGAUGACAAUUGCAAUUAUUGAAAAUGGAAUGAUAAAAGUGAAACGUCCACGUCCCACUGACCGCACUGAGUACUUUGAACGCGCUUUGAAACUGACAAAAUUUGGCUUAUUUAACUAUAUGAUGAUCUUCGUUUGCGGUGUUAUACUCGCAAAUGUUUUAUUGGAGACUCUUGGCAUCAGUUUUGUUUUACCAGUUUCGGAAUGCGAUUUCCCACUUACUACAACACAACGUGGCGUCUUGGGCGCUAUUGGAUUUGCCGGUAUCAUAUCUAGUUCCCAUUUGUGGGGUUUUCUUGCUGAUACCACUGGACGUCGCAACAUCAUUAGACCAACUUUGAUCAUGGGUUUUUGCUUAACUGUGUUUUCCAGUUUUGCUCAAAAUUUUUGGGUAAUGGUGGUUUUAAGAUACCUGAACGGGUUUUGUGUUUCUGGUGGUUCAGCUACUGUGUAUGCCUAUUUGAGCGAAUUUCACACCUCUAAACAUCGUUCUCGUGCAAUUAUGGGUGCAGCAAUUGUUUUCGGCAUUGGAUCUAUGUUGAUGCCAGCCGUUGCUUGGUUAGUCAUUAAUCAGGAUUGGAGUUUGCCUUUACCAGUGUUCGGUAUGGUUUACAAACCAUGGCGUUUGUUCAUGAUUGUCUGCGGUAUACCAGGUUUUAUAAGUGGCUUAGCUUUGUUUAAACUUCCUGAAAGCCCGAAAUUUUUGUUAAGCCAAGGCAAACAAGCUGAAGCACUAAAAGUAUUGCGUACCAUAUAUCAUAUAAAUUCGGGAAAUCCUAAAAUGCAAUAUCCAGUCACCACAGUUUUGAUUGAGGAUUUGAAUUCGUAUUUGCCAAAAGAAAAUCAACAUUGCACUGGUUUCAAAGCCCUACUUCGCUCCAUGUGGCAACAAACCCAACCGCUUUUCGGACGACAAUAUUUAUUUUCCACCUUGCUUAUAUGCAUUAUACAAUUCGUUACAUUUUUUACAUCGAAUGGCUUGUAUAUUUGGUUCCCAGAUAUACUUAAUAGCGUCGGCGAAUACAUGAGCUUGCAUCCAACUCAUAAAUUCUACCUCUGCGAUGUAGUCUAUGAAAAGCAACGGAAUUUAUAUAACUUUAAUGAAGAAAUGAAAUAUCUUGAGAUGUUUAAUGUUAAAAGUUUUGGAGUUAAAAAAUGUAAUGAGAAGCUUGAGUUGAACACAUUAGAACAGUCUUUGUUGUUGGAGAUUUUGUAUGCCGUCGGAUUUUCUGUACUUGCCGUGAUUAUUAAUUGUGUUGGAAAACGUUCUAUAUUAUUUGGCUGCUUGGUAUUUUGUGGACUUAGUGGUAUUGCUGUCAUUUACACUGAUAUACCUUUGAUUUCUACCAACUUGUAUCUGGUUCUUCUUCUUUGCGGUUUGGGCAUUAAUGUUUUAAGUGCAACAACUGUUGAAAUCUACCCUACUAAGCUCAGAGCUAUGGCCGUUUGCAUCUCAUUGAUGAUGGGUCGCUUGGGUAGCGUUGUUGGUGUCAAUGUUUUUGGUACACUCCUCACUCAAAAUUGCGAAACUGCUUUUGUCAUAUCCGGUGUCACUUUGAUAUUGAGCGGAUUUCUUGGUUUCCUCAUACCUUCACCAAGCAAGUUCAUCAAUCAACGCUAUUCACGCCGUUCGAGCGUUGCUUCGAUGACUGGAAAUUAAAUCAUUAAAUUAAAACAAUACAUUUUUUUCUAUAUUUACUUACUCGAAACAAAAAUUUAGAUCUAAGCAAUGAAAACUGAUAACGAAACGCAUAAGAUUGGAAAAUUUAGAUUUAAGAAAGUAAUCAUUUUUAUAUGAAAUGCAAGAAGCACAUAUGCUUAAAAAUCAAAAAAAAAAA